GGGGGUGGGAUUUCUGCCCCACCUCCCCACCUGAAGGCUGCCGGUGCCCACCUGGGCCGCGCUCGAGGGCGCGAGGACGACAUACUCGUCGACAUUCGAGAAGGUCGAGUCAAGGCAGAUGUUCCGCAUGCCCUUCGCCAUGGGCACGAGAACGUCCUGCGGAGCUCCGUGCCCGAGGGCGCCCGGGACAGGCCCGUGGCCCUGCCGGGCCCCCCGACCGGCACGCUGUCGGCCGACGCGUCGCAGGCGGCGGAGGCGCCCGCGGGCGACGCGCCAACGAGCUCGGACUUGUGGGGCCUCGAGGGCCCUGGGGACAGCAUCUACGAGCUGGACGGGUCGGUCCGCGCCGAUCCUCAGAGGCGCCCCCGCUGCACUGCUGGUGACGCGGCCGCCGCUGCCUACUGGCAGUCGUACGACGGCUUCGCGCGCGUGGCCAUGAGCAUGGGCACCAACCAGCUGGUCACGGCCCUCGCCUACUACGUCAUCGGCUACGUGCUCAUCUCGAACCACGCGGUCAUCGCGUCGUGGCUAGGAUCGUGAUGCUGUUCAUGGUGAUCGCCGCGGCUUUGAUCAGGCUCGACAUGUCGCUGACUGGACUGGAGUACAGGGUGAGCGUGGUGCUCGUCAUCAGCGGCCCGUGCCUGCUGGCGGUGGCGGCAGAGCAGUGGUCUCGGCACACGCAGG